AGAGGGAGAGCUGUGGCAACCGAAAAUGAAUGAAACGCGAAUAUGCAGCGCUCACUUCGUGGGAAAUGAGAGAAGCAACCUCGCUGAGCACCGAGCGUACAUUCCAACUAUAUUCCCACCUUGCUACAGAAAGAGUGAUGCCGUUUUGUCCCAGACGAAACUUGGAAGAUUUGAAAGGGUUCAGCGACGGAGCGCGCUGCGACCAGUCACUGCUCCAACGUGUCAAACUGUCGUCUCCUUGAAUUCAGAGCACGACACAGCGGCCCUGGAAGAACGCCACGAAACGUCAAACUUGGAAGCCACCGUUUCCUUCAGUCCUGACUCGGCACGGGACACGUCCGCGUCGGAAGAAUGCAACAAGUUUGCGUCCGUGAUGACUCACACAGAGAACCGUUCAUUCAAGGGCCCAUGUAGCUUGUUCCUUUUUGUGGUGUUGCAGUGUGAUGCAUCGACACAAGUUUCUCAUAUUGAAACUAGACACAGCAGCGUGCAAGCAGAACCUGCAGUGAGGUCAACCGCCACUGGCCCAGAAGAGUGAAGCUGCAUUUUCCUUGGAUACAGCUCUCUUUGCGAAAGGAGAGACGCAUUUACAGAGCAGGCAAGUACGGCAAAUAGUCGGCUCCGUGGAAUUACCACCGACAACCGCUUAUAACUUCACCACGCACAUUAGCUCACAGACCAUGUCUUUACAAGUUCUUUUUAAACAUAACAUGGAGAAUAAGCGCAAUUCGGCCUGUUCAAGUGCAUUAACCGAAGAGGCGGACAUGCAUGAAAAAUCGCACUGUCCAAGUAGCUAACGAAAACGAUUCACUAAAUAACUUUUUGAGUAACACUGUGCGCGGUGCCAUGUCCCACAACGUUCUCCAGCAUUUGGCCAACCCUGAGAAACUAUAUCGCCGCCCACCGAGCACAUUUCGCAGGAUAGAGGCGGUUCUUCUUCGUCGUGCCCAGACCGGCCAGCUUCUGUCACCAGCAAGGCUGCACCUCAUCAACCCGCACUCAUACCCGAGCUCUAUGUGCCCAGCAUGCCCGGCCAGAGGUACGGCCGAACAUCUUCUGUGGAGCUGCUCUGCCUUUGACACGGUCCGUGAAAGGACACUACACUCCCUGGGCGGGAAAGAACCUGGCACCCUGCCCAGGAGUGGCUCGACCCGCCAUCGCACAUCGGGCCCAAGGUCUCACUCCAGCUUUGGCGUGCUUUUCUGGACUUCAUCAGGGAAAAGGAAGGGCCUGGCUGCCUCUUUGCAGAGCCGACCUCGGGACCACUCCACCUCGAGGAAGAAGAGAGCACCGGUCCCCCUCCCCCAUAGAGCACCCCUUUUCUGCCGCAAGGCUUCGGCUAUUAAACGCAGAAAUAAA